UAUACAUUUUUUGAACGUACAUAAAAGAAGAACGUCUAUCUAGGAUUAAAUGAUGAAACGUAAAGGGCAUAUCGUAAAAAAUCGGCUGGUCGCCGAUUUCGAACUGAAAUAAAGCGGCGAGAGCCCGAUGACGCGAAACUCGCGUCGCUCGAAGUAUCGUGGAUGAAUUAUUAUCCGCGUAUAGUAGGUACGUACUAUCGCGCGAUCCGAUUAAAACUUUGUCGACUGGUUCGCGUGGCGUCGCUCGCCAAUGGCGGCUGAACCAUCGAUUGGAUUUCCCUGGAAUGAAACGUAAAUAUUUUAGAAGCCGAAUCGAGUGUGUAUCGUGUAACUCGAUGUUGCGCUCAAGCAUAUGCAUUUCCGCAGCCGCCGGCGCUAUACCUCUCGCUAGACGGUACGCGCACGCGCUCGCGCGCGCUGUAGAGGACGGGGGAGGGGGAGAGAGAGAGAGAAAAGGAGGAAAGGAAGCAAGAGGGUAGUAGAGAUCGAUUGUCCUUGCCUCUCAAGGCUGCUGCCGGUGCUCCGUCGAGGAGGGUGAGUUGAAAUAGAAUUUAUAGCGUACGCUUCUGGCAUAUUAAUAGAACCGACAACACGGCUCGUCCGCGACGACGACGACGAAGCCACUGCCAGUCCAAUUUACACGACUCCGGUGCACGCGAGUUACGGAAAUAAGAACCAAAGCAAGGUCCGCUCGUUCUCUUCCAUUCCUCUUUUCCUUUUUGCUUCCUUUUUUUUCAUGAUAUAACCAACGGAACCAGUUGCACGAUCGACGACCGAAGGUACCUCACCGGUUCGCUUCGUAAUUAAUUCACUUAUUGGAGAGUUAUAUAAAUAAGUUAUUACACGCAAUAGGAACUGCGUCUGUAUCGGCAACGAGCAAAAGUAACGAACCUAGUCCUCGGAUCGUAGUCCUCGGACGUGUCCAAGAGAAAAUCAAUGGUGAUUUCGAUACGACAGACGCGCGUCUCUUUUCCAGGUCGAAGUCGUAGAGGUAGAAACCCCUCGUUCGAUCCCUUUCUAAGGAGUGCUUUCUGACUCAUGCACGUCGCCGAGGUGUCCUCGACCGAUGGAAAAAGGUACAACGCGCGAUUACAACGUACAGCGGCCUAUUUGCUUACCGUGCUCGCUCGCUCGCUCGAACGAACGAGAGUACGUCCUUGCGACCGCGCGGCUGACGCGGUCCGACGCGCGAUCCCUAUCUCGGUAUAAAAGCAGGCCCGAGGUACGAUCUUUCCGCAAAACUCGCGUAAAAGCCGCGAUGGCGAAGCUGCCGGUGGUCCUCCUUCUCCUGAUAUUUCCGGCUUUUCUCAACAACGGGGACGCUCUGAUACCAGACGGCUUAUCCAAGUUGUUCGGCUCCCUGGCUACGAUAAAAAGCGUAAGGAUUCCCGAGUUACUGAAUCAAUUGUGCAACGAAUCGCAAGGCGCCAACGUUAUGCUGCGCGAUGCCUGUUACGGUUGCUUUUAUCGCGCGAGCAAUCAACCAACGGGAUAUCCCUUGCUACUGGCAAUGUCGGCGUGCGCGGACAUGUACCUGAAUAAUACCGAUUACGGUCACUGCCAAGCCUAUCUGAGAAAUGCGACGAACAAUUUGAACAACAGAGUCGGUCCCGUUACGAUCUACUGUACUUUCCUCGAGUGCAUUCGGCAGGUGAACAAGGACACGCUGCUGCGAGAGUGCGUGGGCGAGGCCCUGCGAAUCUUUCCGAACUUCGAUUUGACGGACGUCAAACUGAGCCAACUCCUCGUCAACGCUACCGCCUGCGUUUUGGCGAAAACGCGUUGCGCUUAUACGAACCCGAUAACCGGGGAGAUUCAAGAGGACGAUCUAGCCAAUAAAUUUCACCUGCCGUCUGUCAACGCCAUUCUCGUCAACACGGACUACGACAUCAACAUCGUGCAGUUUCCCUUCCGUUACGGCGCCGCGGACGUAUGCGCCAAGUUCCGAAACGUCGAGCCGGCCGCGUGGCCCUCCGUCGCUUGCUGAGAACCGUCGCGGUUCUAUGGAGCGGUCACGUUCGAUUAUACUUAUCUCGUUCCAUGUUAUCUGUGGCAUCGCGGCUCUUGUACGUGGCCCGAUCAUUGUAUAUACCUGUUACAUCGGAUAUUCGUCGUUGCUUAACGAGUCAUCAACUCUUUCCGCUCGACUACCGACACCGCGGCCAGGACGUUCUCGUUACGAUCCUAGACGCGCGCACAGUCGCGUUGAUCCUUCGAGCCGGCUCGACUGUACCAAAGAGAAACCGAUCGAAGAGAGAGCAAAGCCGACGUAAAUAAAGGAAAUAUAUAUUUAGACGCGUCGUCGGAGUCGUCUCCAUCGCUGUUCGCCGAUGUCAUACGACAAUUCGCACAGGGCGUUUAGGAAAUUUCUCGGGAACGUGCCACUUGGCAAAAGGAACAAAGAUUCCUCCGUAACGUAGGACGUAUCACGUACACGGCACGUCGUUCCAUUUAGCGAAAAGGCGAUUAUUUCUAUCCAUUAACUCGGCUAAUCGGAUCACGAGCGACGGCAAUGGCAAAGUCGGCACCGAUGCUCGGACUCGAAACGUGCGCUCGACGAAGUCUCCAAGUGUUUCUUCAAGUAUUUACCAGUUAAUUAUGCUCAAUCCGAUAUCUCGAAAGAGCGCGUCAGGACGCGCUCGCGCGAUUAUCCUAUUCUACGAAUUUCGCUGGCGCAUGAACGUAAGAGCGGAAUUUCAAAAGACACGCGGAAAGGUACAAGGAAGCGGAGCAUCUCGGACCAAUCGAGCUCGAAAUUUCAUACGCGCGAGUGGACGCUUCGAGUGGUCUCUAGAAGAAGGAAGAGGGAGAGGGAACGACUCGUGCGGUGUCGCUUUCAGGCGUUCCUCGCGAUUACAUCUCGUAUACAUCGUACAUGGGUUUCGUAUUAUUUAGGAAGGAUUUGAGAAAGACGCGUCCUUCGGAACGAGAAUACGACGCGUCCGCGUCCAAAAUUACGCUUCCAUCUCGCAUUACGCGUGCUUCGCUAAAGGCAUCCUGCGUCGUUCGAGGACGAGCCGACGGAAGAAAAAAUGCGAUACGUCGUCGCGCUGAUCGUUCGAAGCCGACAAUGAGUCAUCGACCGCAUUUUUUCAUAUAUGGAACACCGAGAAACAGAUAGAAGAUUAUUCCGUCGAAAUGACGUCAGCCUGGACGAACGGAUGCCUCGCGUCGAUGCUAUUCCGGACGCGAUGACACUCCACCGACACGGAAUCCGCGCCUACGCUCGCAUGACGCACUGCCCGCUAUCUCGCGCUAACGCGUCGAAUAUCUUCAACGUCGUCUCACGCUCGAUUUCGAUAAUCUCGAACGAGCGAUACGCCCGUUCUUCGACGUAAACCCACGUACGCGAGCGAACCUGCGAAGCUUUCAAAAUAGUUUCAAACAUCGACAUCGUGCCCGCUCCGUCGAGUGAUCGACGGAUCAUCGUCUCGCCGUACGUGCAAGUGGCGCCAUCUGGUAAGAAACGCUUCGACCACUUCGUACCACGUACUCCGAUUUACUCGAAGCGAUCGACGUUUUAAAUCUCGACGUAGUCUCUAAAGUAUCGAGACCGAAUUAAACUAAAACCAUAUCUCUCGGACUUUGAUCAGUUUUUCAACCUUAUCCGCCUGAUCCAAUCGUUGCGCAUUUAAAUCCAAGAGAUUUCGAUCUUUAGCCGUCGAUUCGUUGAAAGAUCGGAAAGAUAUCAAAAGGUAAUCCGGAGCCACGACAGAAGCGGCCGCGAAUGAUCCUUGGCUCGCCAGGGAGAGCGGAGAUUGCAACGCUCGAUUGCAUCAUCGCAGCGCGGUGACGUCACAGGCCGAACGAGGCGCAACGGUCCGAACAGGUGACAGUCGCUGUCAAGCAAUGACGUCAAUCGGCUGACGGCCAAUGAACCUGCGGCUCGCGUUUGCGCGUUCAAACUUUUCGUAUCUCCUAUCGUAUGCAUCGCGUGUCUCGCUCUUUCGCAUCUCUCUCCGUCUCCCCCGCCUCCCUGCCGCUCCAGCGCGCGCGCGUGCUUGACGAAGGACGAUAAUCGAGAACGGCCAGAUGCAGAUCAAUUUUCCGAUUCGCCCACCGUCGAGCCAUUUCUUACACGCUUUCCUCCUUCCUUCGCGGGUCUCCCUUAGGGUAUGCGUUAAGGAUUCCUUCGGCGAGAAGACGAGAUGUGAAUCGUCUGUACGGGCACUGCUGUCGUUGAUCGUUUGACGUACGGACGGAGGUCUCGAGAAGGCCUGAAUAUAACCUAACGAGAGACGAUCCUCCUCGAGAGCACCGUCUUGUAAAAAUCUUAAUAAAGAUUGUCAUUACUCACGAGUGGCGACGGACCGUCGGUCAUUCUUUAAAG